AUGAACUUCGGGCUACGCUUUCGGCCCCUCGACAGGCUCGCCGCCGAUCUAAGCUGUGUUCGGGCUACGAUCGAUGAGAUUCGGGCUGAGAGCAAGAGACAGAGGUUGCUGAAGAGGAGUGCGCUCAUCAAGAUCCGACAGACGCUUGAUGGUUAUGGUUGCGGUUUCGGUUGGUACGUGCUCAACCCAGACGACCAUCGUCCAGUCUACCCUUCGGCUUUGGAAUCGCUAUACCAGACUGCCACCGACCACCCGCCGCUCACCGUGCAAAUAUUGGAUGUUCAAUUCAAGAGAUUGACGCUGCCCCGUGCGAUUUCGAUCGGAAGCCACCAAUUCUUCUUCACUGCUUCACAUCAUUCACUGGCAAUGGCCGCCUAUCACAGUCGUGAGGCUUGCCCGUCUGUAAAGAACAUCCUUUUGUUGGAUUCCGAAGGCAAACGUGUUGCCGUCAAGUACUAUUCGGAUGAAUGGCCCACCAACAGUUCUAAGUUAGCUUUUGAGAAAUCCGUUUUCACAAAAACUCAUAAGAAUAAUGCUCGUGCGGAAGCGGAGAUAACAAUGUUGGAGAACAACAUAAUCGUGUAUAAGUUUGUUCAAGAUCUGCACUUCUUUGUGACCGGAGGUGAUGAUGAAAAUGAACUGAUCCUAGCUACUGUGCUACAGGGUUUUGUUGAAGCAGUAACCCUUCUCCUUAGGAAUAAUGUUGACCUGAGGGAGGCACUGGAAAACUUGGAUCUUAUUCUUUUGUGCCUUGAUGAGAUUGUUGAUGGAGGGAUUGUUCUUGAAACUGAUGGUAGCAUUAUUGCUGGAAAAGUGGCUUCACAUACCAUGGACGAUGGUGCUCCUUUGUCUGAGCAGACUAUAUCCCAAGCUCUAGCCACUGCACGAGAGCAUCUGACGAGAUCUCUUUUGAGAUAA